AACGCUGUCACAAAAAGAAAGAAAAAACGUUGAGCGUCUCACCUUUCCUCGGGCGCCUCGCAGCUUUGCUCACAAAUGUAUUUGAAUAUGAAUAUUAAGUGACCAAAUGUCGCGUUAGUUGCCAUAAACGGGGUUUUAACGCGUUCGUCAUGGUGUUCUUCGACGAACCCAGCUAGCUUAGCCUUUCUUCGUCGAGGCUCCACAGUUGACGUUAGCGUCGAGCUAAAGCUCAAGCGCAGCCGAUCGACGAUGGCGAUUGUGUCCGGCUCCUGCGCGCGGGUCAACGGCUCCCGCAGCGGGCCCUCGGCGGCGGUGGCCGCGGUCCCGGUCCCGUCCCCGUCCUCCGGCCAGUCGCAGCCCAUGAUAGCCGUGUGGGAAUGGCAGGACGAUCUGGGCCACUGGCGGCCAUACAGCGGCCAGGUGAGCGCCUACAUCGAGCGCUGCCUGUCGCCGCGAGGCCCGGGCGGCGCGCCCGCCGCCACCACCAUCUGCCUGGGACAGUCGGACCCCGGCCUGUCGCCGUAUCUCAUCGACGUGGCCAGCUUGAAGCAGUUCAGACAGGACACGGGGAAGACUCGAUCGGUGCGGCGCUCCCUAUUCGCGCAGUCGUCGGGCCUGGGCAGCGGCGUGUACUGGGAGUGGGCCAACGACGAGGGCGGCUGGACGCCGUACGAGACGCGCACGUCCAUCCUCCUGGAGCACAGCUACCAGGCCCGGCAGGGCACGGCCGACCUGGGCCCGCACGGCCACAACUACAUCGUGGACCUCACCUCCCUGGCCCAAGUCAACAAGUCGUCGGGCUUCAGGCGGCAGGUGCGGCGCCAGUGCAACCUGCCCUACCCGCUGGCCUCCUUCGGACCCCCGGCCAUCCCCUCGGGGCCCUCGGCGCUACCUGCCGGCGUCCCCGCUUCCUCUUCCUCAUCGGGGGGCCCGGCCUGCUCCUGCCAGCAGUGUCUUAGCCACGGGGCCACGGGGCCCAUGCCCAGCCGCUCCCGUCACUCCUUCUCGUCGGGCAGCCUCAACCGGCCCAGCCUGCAGGGGGCCGGCAGGGUGGCGGCGGCGGCGGCGCAUCCCACCUCCGUGUACUCGCCGUACCCCCGCAGGCCCCUCUCAGUCGGCGGGAUGUCUUGGGGCACCCCCUGGCCCCCGCCGCAUUCUGCUAGCCAGCUGGCCGCGCCGCUUCUGAGCAGCGCCUCGGGCGCCAACGGCCUCAGCGUUCCUUCCAUCCCCGUUCAGAUCAACGGAUCCACCAGUGUCAGCUCGGCCCUGGCAGGCAUGGCCUCCAUUUUGAUGUCGGCGGUCGGACUGGGCGUGCACUUCACCACCGCCGCCGCCGCCCCCCUCCCGCAGCCGCCGCCGCCUCCUCAUCAGCAUCUGCCACCCCAGCAAUUUGCGCUCCCGCCGCCGCUUGCGCCUCACGUCCAGUUCCCCCCCUCCGGCCGGCCCAGCAAGCCCCCCGCGGCGGGCAGCGGCGGCUCAAUUAAGAGAGCCAAGAGGCAGCACAGGAGAGCUUCCAGUCAGAGAGCCGAGGAGGUGAUCCGACGUUACAUGGAGGUGGUGCCCGGCGUCCCGGACGAGGACUGCAUCAUCUGCAUGGAUCAACUGUCCAAUCCCUCCGGCUACGAGACGCAGCCCCCGGCGACGGCGGGGGAAGGGGGGCAGGGCAUCCUGCCGGACGCCGUGGGGAAGUUUGUCAAGUGCGGGCACACCCUGCAUAUGCUCUGCAUGCUGGCCAUGUACAACAACGGCACCAAGGACGGCAGCCUUCAGUGCCCCUCGUGCAAGACCAUCUACGGCGAAAAGACGGGCACGCAGCCAAAAGGCAAGAUGGAGAUUUACAGCAUCCCGCAAGCGCUGCCCGGACACCCGGACUGCGGCGCCAUCCAGAUCAUCUACAGCAUCCUGCCGGGAAUACAGGGUCCGGAGCAUCCCAACCCGGGACAGCCCUUCACCUGCCGAGGAUUCCCUCGCUUCUGCUUCUUGCCCGACAGCGACAAAGGCAGGAAGGUUCUGGAGCUGCUAAAGGUGGCGUGGAUGCGGCGCCUCAUCUUCACGGUGGGCACGUCCAGCACCACCGGCGAGCCCGACACGGUGGUGUGGAACGGCAUUCACCACAAGACGGAGAUGAUGUCCAACCUGUCGGGACACGGCUUCCCGGACCCCAACUACCUGGACAACGUCCUGUCGGAGCUGGCCUCGCAGGGCGUGACCGAGGACUGCCUCAAAGCCCCCGGCUGCAGCAGCUAAGUCACUGCCUGCCCACUCCAAAAGGAAACGAAAAAAAAAAGUCUCAUCCUCCAACUGGAAGGGAACAUCACCAUACAAGCACUGGAAUAGGGGAGAAAAUCCCAGAAACUUUUCCACCUUCGGAAGUCAUAUCAGAUCCGUAACAGGCCAGA